GGAACAAAUCAAACGUCAUUCGCCGAAUUUUGCAAAGACAAAGUUGACUUAGACUUUGGUUUCUCAAACUUCAACAAUGAAGUAAACUAUUAUUUCAAUGCUGCUGGAACUGCUUGGGACCCAGUUAAGUUCACAUGCGAAAAAUUUGAAUGCAAGAGAAUAGAAAGCAGACUUGCAGUCUAUAUGUUGGACCCAGAUAUUUCAAAUGCUUUAGCUGCCAAAUAUAUUGCAGUUCCACUUAUGUUCCCUAUACACCAAAUAUCUGUCAAAGACUUUGCAGGUGAAGUUGGAAACCAAAAUCCAGGAGCCGCAGGUGCAAGAACAGAUAUUGCUUUAACAACUGCAAUGAAACAUGCAGAUACUAUGUUUGUACUAUUCAGACGAACUAUAAAUGACUAUUCUUGUUUCUACAACCCUGGUAUUAAAUAUCAUAUAAACAUAGAUGGCAAAUAUUAUCCAAGAGAAGAAUAUUCUACAGUUGAGGAUAUGAGGUCA